AUGGAGCGCAUCGCACCUCUUACUGCUUCACGACCACGUGUAAGUCAGGGCCACCACCACGAAACAGCGGAUCCAGUCCCAAUAAAACCCGAUCACAGCGAAGCGAAAAGUCUCACAGCAGACACUCCCUCAAGAAACGAAGGGACCAACACCCAAAAUCCGCUCGAACGUAGUUACGUCGGAAAGACGCCGGAACCGGCUAGUACGGCACAACCAGUCCUUCAUGCCCAACAAUCAAGUCGAUCAUGCCUAUCCCACCGGGACCCUCAUCAAAGAAAAUUCCAGAAAUGGAUAGAGGAAAAAGGUCGGAUUGAUAGCUUUGGUACAGAUGGGGUCAAAGAACGACUAUGUAAGCUAGUUUGUAUGGAUUUACUGACGUACGACAUCCUGACGCGACCCUUUACUGCCGCUCAGCUAUCAGUUCAAGACCGUGAGCAUGUCCGGUCCCUGGACUUUUCAAUUACCCUCAAGGCUAAAAGGAUUAUCAAUCCAUCGGUAUUACUCGGAUCAUCUUAUAGACGUUUAUUCGCACAGAUUUAUCAUCAAUCAUACUACCGCCAGGCUGAUCAUCAUGCCUACCAAACUUGGACCCCUUCUAGGGAAAGAACUCCAAUAUUCACCACUGGCGCUAGCGGUUUUGAAUCCGAAUUUCGUGAAGAACGGGACGAAUGGGAGAAGUAUUGGGCGAUGGACGCCACCAGAACCGAAGAAUUUCAGAGAGCCCAGGCACCCAGCAUGCACUCGACAGGAAGGUUUGGAACCAUUCAACGUAACGAACAACUGGACAAAUAUGGUCGAGAUAUAUGUAUACGACAAGGAAUAAACAAGCCCGUAAUCACCCCACAUAAAACCAACGACCUCGUCGGCCAUCGUUUUCCACGCGUCCGCUCUGUACAGGAGAUCAAGACCCGAAUCGACGGCUUCCGCAAGACCGUCCCGGGUUCCUAA